AUGGGGUGCGCUUCAGGUCCGUGGGCAGGCCAAAGAACGGAGGCGGAGUUGCACGCGGGUCAAAUCUCAGUCGGAGCUUCGAACGGGCUCAACGUAGAAGCAAACGUCGACGAGAUCAGGGGUCCGGAGACAAUUGGGAGAUGCGAGACAGAGGGAGAGGAGGAGGGACAGAUGGCCCACGAAUUUCGAAUUUUUAAACAACGGAACCGCCAGCCAGAGCAACGUGGGACGACAAGACGUCGGCGUUCGAUGGUCGGCUUAUAUAAUACAAACUUGCGGCGGAAGAUCAGCUUAUGUAAUAUAGACCAUUUUAGUGCGGUGAAAUUUACCCCACUGGACGGUACUAGCGCGUGA